AGUUUGAACGAUCUCUUGUUAUUUGCUGCUGUUUUGCUAUCCACAAAUGGCUCUUGAUGCAAAACUUGCUCUUCUUUUGAUUCAUAUCCUUAGUGUUGCCGGCAAUGGAUACAGUUCUUUACAAGAGAACUACUACGGGAGUGAAGAUGAACACAGGAAAAAGUUGGAUUCUUCUUUCAAAAGUGGGUUUGCAACAGGUUAUGCAUUUUCUUCAGUUUCCAUUUUAGCUAUUUUCAUGUCCUGUUGUGUGCCUUGGGCUCGUCUUAACAAGAGGAGGAGGAACAAGAUAAUGAUGAAGACACCAAUGAUGACAUCUUUGAUGGAAAGGCGAGAGAAGAAGAUAAAAGAAGCCAACGAGCAGAUUUGUAUGUUGGAGAGUCUUGUUAAGAGAUUGAGUUUCGUAGGCAUCAGAAAUGCAACAGCAAAUUUUAGCCAAGCCAACAAAAUUGGAUUGGGACGAAUGGGAACCAUGUAUAUGGCUACCCUUCCUGAUGGUAGGUUCCUUUCAGUGAAGAGGAUAGUUGACUCUCAACAGUUUGAGGAACAGAUAGUUUCUGAAUUGAAAACAUUGGGUACAUUAAAGCAUAAGAACUUACUGCCCCUGUUCGGAUUCUGCGUAGAAUCAAAUACAAGGCUUCUGGUGUACAAGUAUAUGUCUAAUGGAAACCUUUUUGAUUGGAUACAUCCAGUGAAGCACCGGAGGAAGACUCUGCAAUGGCCUUUGAGGUUGAAAAUUGCGGUUGGGGUAGCAAGAGGCCUGGCAAGGCUCCACCAUGGCUGCAGAGGUCAAGUGGUGCAUCUCAACAUAAGCUCAAAGUGUAUUUUGCUUGAUAAGAAUUUCGAACCCAAGCUAUCGAAUUUCGGAAAGGCGAUGCUGAUCAUGAGUAUGAGUAACAGUCCAGGAGUGCAUAAUGAGUUUUGUGAGAUGGCGCUUGUUAAGGAAGAUGUGCACGGAUUUGGAGUUGUACUGCUUGAGCUGAUUACUGGGAUGGAUUGUAGCAAAAUUAAUUUUUCCUCAAACAGCAUUCUUAAUGAAUGGAUUGGUCAUCUCUUGAGCACUUCUUAUUUUAAUGAUGCCAUGGAUAGGUUUCUGAUUGGGCAAGGAUUUGACGAUGAGAUCUUUCAGCUGCUUAAAGUUGCAUGUAACUGUCUUGAUUGCACUCCAGAUCGAAGGCCGACAAUGCUUCAAGUGUACAAGGACAUAAAGGCAAUAACCAAGAGAUGUGAAGUGGUUGAUGAUUCAGAGAUCCAAAUGCAGCCUGAAAUUUGUCCUGCUACUUCUCAAGACUAAUCUGUUGCCAGCAAAAACAGGACCGAAGUUAGCAGAUCUAUAUUUUCCUGUUUCUAUCAUGUUCAUAAACCAACAUGUAAGAAGCAAUAUUGUAUAGAAUAUAAUUGUGUCCGGGAAUAAGUUGCCAGCAUUUUACUUUGUAAUUCAAACAGAAGAUCAAUCUGAUCAAAAUACGCCGAUGAGUGAAAAUGGUUUGGAUAA